GAAUGUCAAAAUUAUUAUGACGUUUUUCUUUUCGUAAAGAAGUGACGACAAGUGUUUAUUUGCAAGAAAAUUAAAAAUAUGGCUGCAGAAAUUAAGCCUGCUCCUAGAACACCCAAUGAUAGAUUUUCUACAACCAAAAAACCAGCACUUCUGAGUAAAUUAGAAGGCUGUACCGACGACGUUAAUGCUGCAGUUGUUAUACCUGGGGAGGAUGGAGUAAUUAGCGUUUGCGAUGAUAAAACUGUACGAGUAUGGCUGAAGAGGGAUUCGGGACAGUAUUGGCCUAGUAUCUGUCAAUACAUGCCCUCUGGAUGCACCUCAAUGUUCUACACUCCAGAGACGAGGCAACUGUUUAUUGGUCAAGAAAAUGGGACAAUAUCAGAGUUUACUCUGGCUCCAGAUUGUAAUAGAAUAAAUCCUAGUCGAGAAUACUUAGCACACACAGCCAGAGUUACAGCAGUUGUCUUCUCAUUAAGUUGCGAAUGGGUUCUGUCUGUGAGUCGAGACAAGAUGUUCUCGUACCACUGUAGUGAAACUGGGCGCAGGAUUGGUGGUUACUCCUUUGAAGCGUGGUGUACAGCUUUGCAAUUUGAUUCCCAAUCAAAAUAUGCAUUUGUCGGAGACUACAGUGGUCAAAUAACAAUGUUGAAAUUAGAUAAUAACGGAGCUACACUCGUCACGACAUUGAAGGGUCAUACUGGGUCUGUAAGAGUGUUGAAUUGGGCCGCAAUACCUCAGUUACUAUUUAGUGGUUCCUUUGACCAGACAAUAAUUGUGUGGGAUAUAGGUGGACAGAAGGGCACAGCUUACGAACUUCAAGGACAUAGCAACAAAGUGACCGGGCUCUGGUACGUGGGCGGUUGCCAGCGGCUCAUAUCGAGCGGCGAGGACGGCGCGCUCGGCGUGUGGGAGAUGGGCGUGCCGCGCAAGGAGACGCCCACGUGGCGCGAGUCGGACACGUGCCAGCUGUGCCGUGCGCCCUUCAUAUGGAACGUGCGUGCCAUGAUGGAGAAGAAGCAGCUGGGUCUCCGGCAGCACCACUGCCGCUGGUGCGGCGCGGCGGUGUGCGGCGCGUGCUCGCCGCACCGCCUGCCGCUGCCCGUCAUGGGCUUCGAGUUCCCGCAGCGCGUCUGCUCCGCCUGCUACGACACGCUGCGCCAUGAGCCACGAGAAUCACUCGCAUCAUUCCACGAUAUGAAACACGCAGUGGCGUCCCUAUACGUUGACGAGGCUACGGGCAGAAUGUGUACUGCUGGCAAGGAUAGAGUUAUUAAGGUAUGGGACAUCAGCGUACUGCUAGCGCCGGCCCCGAAGCCGGGCACCAGCGUCCAAUAACCUCUAUGAUGUGCUUCGUCCACACGAUCGAGACUCGCUUGUCACACCAGGUUGUAUGUAUAGUCUGUGGCGGCCGAUCUAAUCGACGCGCAUUAUCUGUGCAACUACGGCAUGUUCGAAUUUCAAACGAAAAUUAUUCUUCUUUUAAGCGUGAGAUGUACCUAUCCUCUAAAUUAACGUUUACUAUACAUAGUAAAUUUAUUUUUGUAAUUUCGUGCCUACGCAGUAUCCAAAUACAGAAAGGUCGCUUUCAAGGUCGAAUAGGUAAUAAUGACCAUCUUAUAGUUUUUAAAGGAUGCGUUUAUCUUCGGAGAUUAGUCAUUGUAUUGAAGCAAACUGUAGCGGACAUAAAAGAUA